UCUCUUGCCUGUUGCCAAGUAAGAUGCAUCUUUGUUCCUUCUUUGCCUUCAGCAAUGAUUGUGAGGCCUCCCCAGCCAUGUGAGACUGAGGGAGUGAGUCUUUCUCUGUCACCCAGGCUGCAGAGCAGUGGCGCCAUCAUAGCUGACUGCAGCCUUGAACUCCUGGGAUCAAACGAUCCUCCCACCUUGGCAUCCUGCAUCCUGAGAGCUGGGACUACAGGGCAGAAUGCAGAAGUGGCCAAGAAAAUCCAAGUUACACUAAAGAAAUUCUCCGCGUCGAAGAAACGUGAGUGCUCUGCUUCCUCAGCCACAGCUGCUGAUUUAGCUGCCUCUGUUUCCAAAGCAGGAGCUGGAGAGUGGAGUGGGCAUGAGAAAGUGUGCCCCAGAGAGGAAAAUGUAAAGAGUGGAAGAGGAAAAUUUAAAAUAACAAAGUAACUCAAAAUGGGAACGGGGGAUUUGAAUAAAAAUAUUGUUUAUGAAAACAAUGGAGUUUGUGAAAGGAAUGAAAAUGGUAUCGGGGAAGAGGAAAGGUGAGGAAGAACAUGAACAAAAGGAUGACAAUGUCAGAAAGUGUCUUAGUCGCUUUGAGAUUGCUGUCUUGCUGGUUUGUUAUGAAAAUCAAUAAGUGUGGGGCCUUUAUUCAACUAUUUGUUCUUACCUCUUUUUCCAUUGUGAACGUGUUUGGGAAUAGAUGUCACAUGGAAGGCACAGUCAUGGAUGUACCCAGGUUUGUGUGUCAUUUGUAGCACACCAAUUUUAAUUUUAUUCCUUUAUCUUUCAGCUAAGAAUGUAUAUACAUUUUAAGCAAAUAGGUAAAAGUGAUCUUGUUCCAGAAAUAACCACUUUAUUUAUUUAUUUAUUUAUUUAUUUAUUUAUUUAUUUAUUUUCUUUUUCUUUUUUUUGAGAUGGAGUCUCGUUCUGUCAUCCAGGCUGAAGUGCAGUGGUGCAAUCUCAGCUCAUUGCAACCUCCACUUUCUGGGUCCAAGCCAUUCUCCUGCCUCAGCCUCCCAAGUAGUUGGGAUUACAGGCGUGCAACACCAUGCACAGCUAAUUUUUGUUAGUAGGGAUGGGGUUUCGCCAUGUUGGUCAGGCUGGUCUUGAACUCUUGACCUCAAGUGAUCCACCUGCCUCAGCUUCCCAAAGUGCUGGGAUUACAGGCAUGAGCCACUGCGCCUGGCCACUUUAUUUUUAAAAUAUAAAAUCUUUCAUAACUUAACUGUUAUCACAGAUCACUUUUCAGAACUCUCACAACCAACUAAAACACCUAGGUCAAAGACAACCAUGAUAAGUUACUUCUGAAAUUUUGUAUGCCAGUUUGCUGUGUGAUACAGAGUAGUUUCUUUAUAUAUACAUAAGUAGCUGGGGGAGUAGGAGUUGCAAUCAAUUUGGCGAAUAAUUCUUGAGCAUCUCUAAUGUUCUAGGCACUUUGAUCUUGAUCAGUUAUCAUAAACUCUCUGAGAGCAGUAUCCUUGUUGAUUCCGUCACCUUUUCUUUCUCCAACUUUUCCUCCUCCUUCUGACAGCCAUUUCUGUCUAAUAUAUACUAUGUUUUCUACAAAUAAGUGCAUAAAUUAUGGGUGCUUUGGUGCUAAAGAGAACAAAUGAUGUAGAAUCUUUCUUCAAGUACUAUUGUAAAUGAAGAAGAAGAAAACAUAUACAAUUAAAAUGUACAAUUAAGAUGG